AUGUUCGUGAUUGGAUCCCGCCGCAUUUGGUUCCCCAAAGUAGCAGGCAUUGGGCCCAUCGGGGAACCACGUGAUCCGAUGAUGCCAUCGGUUCCACCGAAGAAGCGGAAGUUCAUUGUGACGGUCAUCACCAAUCCGGGCGACCAAGUCUAUCUCACAGGAGAUACUGAUGAGCUUGGCAACUGGAACCUGGACUAUGCCAUCCAGAUGAAAACGGAGGACGGCUUCUACCCACGAUGGUGGUGUGAGGUCUCCUUGGACUCCUCGCCCCUUCAAAUUAUUCACUACAAGUACGUCCUGGUACAGAACAAUGGCGAGCCAGUGUGGGAACCCCGCCUCAAUCGAAGCUUGGAGUCCAAUGACCGCGAGCUGGAUGAUGGAGAGUUUGGAGAAGACAGCGCAGGCGAUUCACAGAAGCAAGGGAGUUACAUCCCCUUCCACAACUUCGCACGAACAGAGUGGGUGAAGGCGGAGUUCAAGAAGAUGCAGAAGGACAUUUUGGAUCUGAAACAAUGGAAAGAAGGCAAAGCCAAAGAGUUCUUUGAUGCUUCUGAGCGGAAUCAGCUGAAGGACCUGGAGGAGUCGUUGCAAGACUUCAAAUACAACAGCGACCGCCAGCUCAGCGACUUGAACCUUGGCUUGAGGAGGCUCGAGAGUCAACACAAGGACGUGUCCAAGCAGCUGGAGCAGCAACCGUCGGAGGCAAAACUGAGGCAGUUGGAGUCCCAGUUCCAAGCCCUGGAUGAGCACGUGACGGCCAAGGUGAAGGAAAUGGCACAUCUCCAAGAGCAGGCCGCUCCAAGCGACGCCAUGGCGCGGCAGUGUGCGGGUCGCGGUGGGAGCGCCUGUGCGAGCAGCGCCGCGCCGUCCAAGACCAGUGGAGCAGCCUUCCUUGACACACCCAUUUCAAGCCUUUGUGCAUCAGUCACAUCCGACGAGUGGGUGCAAAUACAACCCGCAGAGAGUGGCUAUACAACUACGUCGCGUGAGGCACCCAAGUCGAAGGGUGCACCCACACCCAAUGGUCAUGUACCAACGAUUAAUGGGCCUGCCCCUGUUACGAGCGGCCAUACCAUUUUGCAAAACAGCCAGACUACUAUGCCCAACGGCCAGAUAUCUGCACCCGGCCCUCUGCAAAACAAGACUACUUUGCCCAAUGGCCAGACACCUGUACCCAACUCUUUGCAAACCAAUCCAGCUAUGGCCAAUGGCCACACAGCAUCCCAAACGCCCAUGCCCCGUCAUGCUCCCAAUGGCACCAAGAGCAGCCCACCCAGCACUUGGCCAAACCAGAGCUCCGGGCCCACGAGGGUCACCGAACGCGCCCACGCCAUGCCGAACGCAGCGCCGAAGUUCGCUUUCACUCAGACUCCGAAGCCACGUGUGCCGACCCGAUCGCCUGAUGGCCGGUUCCAGGGAAUGGACCAACCGACACACCCGGAGGAUGCAUUCUCGAAAGGUUUGACCGCGUACUGGGAAAAAGAAUUCUUCAUGGCCAAGAAGAACAAAAAGACUGAGGAGGAGAGGAAAAUAUUGCUGAGGGAAGCACAGCUGAAGCUUCUCGUUCUUUCUGGUGUUCAGUUUUUGUUGAUGCGUUGUUGCCUUGCGGAUUGGGCUGCAUCCUGACAAGGGCGGCACCAAUGAUGCGAUGAAAUGGCUGAAAGAUUGGAUGCAGCAGCACAAGCUGUGGUACUUGGCGGAAGUAGGGGAACGACCAAGUGCUCUUGGUCAGCCCAAAGAGGAUGCCAGGUCAAAAAUUUAUGUAGACGGUUAACAAAGUCCCCGCGGACCCGCAGACAUGGAUUGUAAAACCUGUUCAGGUGCGGAGUUGAAAAUGGACAUGAGCCCAGUGUGACCGGUCCGGUCUUUCGGUUGGUUUUCAGCACUGGCUGAAGCCGCUGGCAAAAUGGCAUCCAGAUCCAGGGCACAGAAUCUUGUGGAGCAGCAGAUUGCCUUGGGCAUUUUCCCAGAGUUGCUGCGAUCAGCCAGCCCAGCCGCAGCUGGUGGAGUUUCAGUC